ACAGAGUGAAUCGUUACGUCGUUUUGUAGAUUCGAUUCCACGUGAAUUUUCACUCAACGUCUUACAAAUAUUCGUAUUCGAAGGCGUAUUUUUUGCGUAACUCUGAAUAUUAUUAUAUUGAGACGUGUGAAACCGGUGACUCGCUGAAACGUUUUCAAGAGUUCUUCUAGAUUUAGCACAACACGUAAUACCUGUGCGACACAUCGAACACGCCAGGACUAACGGGACGUGUGCGUACAAAAAAAAAGUGUGUUCCUCAGAUCGUUGAGAGAAACAAAAGUGAAACGCCAACGAUGAGCAAUUCUAGAACUUUAGUGAUCUUCGCCGCUGUCCUAAUACUCGGAUGCCAUACCCUCUGCGUCAAUGGUUCCGCGAUACCCAUGUGGGAAUUCCUCUCACGGGAUGAGAAAAUGAGUCAUCUGUUCAGGAUGUUCAGCCAGCAGGUGGCCAAAUACUGCGCGGAUUCCUCGAUGCCGGAUUGCAACAAGAAUCUGUUGGUCUCCGGUCUCCGAAAUUUGGCCAACAUGGAUGACAUUGGCCUCGACACGUUGGAUCCGUAUCAGCGUGGCGCAAAAGAAAUGAUCUGGCGUGCCCUGGGGAAGAACAGAUACUCUACGAGGAUCGGGCACGAGCCAGAUGACUCUUUCUUUACAACCGGAUCUGACCCAUUAGCCACCGGCGGCAGUGAAACAAACGGCCUAGGCGAGGAAACGGUCCCGUCACACGAUUACGUUCGACCACCUGCAGAGCAUACAGGUCCAUAUCUGGUCGGACCAAUGGUGAUCCGCGUGUAUCCCGACGGUCGACCGGUUCCAGAGGACUCGACACGUCCAUUGCCACGCGACGAGGACGUCGACGAGUACAGGCACGCACGUGUGCCGUCGAUCGAGGAACUCGAGGCGAACAGGGGCUCGUUCUACGAUAAACUAACGAAGGGGAACUCGUUUGCCGAGGUUAAAAAUCAUCGACGUCAGCCGCCGUUUGAGAGGCGGUUACUUCAAGAGGUGGUCGCGAAACGCAGGAUACAUUAUUAUUGA